UUAGGGAAGAAGCAAUCGGAGCUGACCCCCUCCCCAACCGUGACUGUGACUGGAUCGGCUCGUAGCCGCAGUGGCCGCGGCGAUGGAGGAGACUCGACACCUCGUCGGAGUCGGACCAGCGCCGCCUGGGUGCUACGAGGCAGGUGCGCGUGCUAAGAAGGCCAAGGACGCGCGGUCUGAGGAAUCCGACGACAUGGCGACCAAGACCAACUACAGUGCCGCCGCUGCCGCAUCGGAGGACUCUCGUCGCCUCCUUGAACCCAAACCAAUGGCUAGGCCUUUCGUGCUGCCUGGUCUGGCUGAUGAGGAUGAGAAAGCAAAGUCAAGGAGGGCGGCGCUUGGCCGCCGCCGCGCGUGCAACUGGCUGCGGCUGCUGCUCCGUUCGCCUCCUCUCCAUCCUCCCCCCGACUUCAGGCCUAAGAUGUCACGGUCGGAGAUUAAAGCUCUGAAUCACGAGACCGUGCUGCAAUGCCUUGAGCUGUACAACUCCACCCAUCCGGGCCAUGAGUACGAACCUGCUCCUGGUAAGGUGACCAGACGCGGCAAGCUUGACAAUUACGGUUUUUGGACUCAUGGUAACUUUGUGGCUCGUCGGAAGCGCUCUGGCUGCUUCUCCUUCCUGCCCGCUCCGCGAACUCUCUUCUUUUUUGAGCUCAUUGAUAGAGGUGAUGACGAUGAAGUUCUCACAUGCAUCCCCCUAGAUGAACCAGUUACUGAAGCCUACGUUUUCCUUGGCAUCCCUCUUGGACGGGGCACCCGGCGUAAUGGUGAAUCGGACUGUGUUUGCAAGACAUGCUACCGUCGAUUCCAUGUCCCACAUGCUGGUCUGACGAGGAAAUGUGGAUGUGAAGACAGCAAGGUGGAGAGGGUAUGUGAAAUGUGCUAUCUUGACGCCGAUGUGCUGCAUCCCUUCCGAGGAGGAUUCCGUUUUGGCCAUCACCAAGGGAGCUUUGUGAAGCGUUACUGCUCCUACUACUGAGCAGCGAGCCCUGCUUCACCUCAGUCACUCUGAUAAGAAACAGAGUUGUUGUGUGAUACUUUAGUUAGAUUUUGUCGGUGGCAUGCUUUUUCGAAUGACCUAUGUAAUUUAUAGUGCCUGGUCAUCAUUGCUAGUGUAAAUAAACUUGUAUAAGUAUGGACCAUUGUAUUUCUCUAAUUUUUGUGCUGGAGUGUACAUCGUUUGGAUGCU